AGCCAUCAGCCCAGAGCCCGACGCGGGGCUCGAACUCACGGACCGCGAGAUCGUGACCUGGCUGAAGUCGGACGCUUAACCGACUGCGCCACCCAGGCGCCCCCCCACUGAUCAUUUUUAAUGUGACAGAAGAGAAAGACUUCAGGUAUCAUGUACCCACCGAGGUAAUGCAGCAGGAAGUAAACAGCACUGUCAAAGGUAAAACCUGAAUUCAUCUGUGCCAGGCUCAAGGUCUAACUACUAGUUUUCUGUAGUAUUCUGUAGAAUACAGAAUACUAGUUUUCUGUAGAAAAUACAGGGGACAGAGGAACAUGUCAAAACAGUACUAUGGAGAUAAAAAUCAACCAGUUGUGAGUGUGGGACAUCCUUCAGGCCUGAAGACCCCCCCCUUUUUUUUUCCAACAAGUAAAUUGCAAGGAUAUAUCAGCAGGAGGGGUUCUCUAUAGAUUAAAACAGAUUAAAAAUACUUAUCCAGUCUAUAAUCCAGUCUGUAAUUUUUAAUCUAUAAUCUUUAUUUGGAUCCUAGCUCAAAAAAACAAGAAAAUGAUUAGAUUACUUAGGACACUUGAACAUACGAAAUAUUGAGACUAAAGAAUGAUUUAUUUAUUUAUUUAUUUAUUUAUUUAUUUAUUUAUUUAUGGCUCUGGUAAUGAUACUGUGAUUAUGUUAAGAAUAAAAAGUUAUUGUAGUUCAGAGGUAUAUACUCAAGUAUUUAUAGAUGAAAUAAUGACUCUGGGAUUGGCUUUGAAACAAUAGUGUAGAGGGUGAGAAUGGGUAGGGUAGAGAGUAAACAAGAUUGACCAACAGUUAAAAUUGUUGAAGCUGGGUGAUAGGUAAAGGAGGUUUCAUUAUCCUGUUCCUCUACCUUUGUAUAGUUAGAACAUGUCCAUAAUAAAAGGAAAAAAAAAAAAAAAAGCCCACCAGCUCAGUCAGUUGGCCAGUCCUGAUUCCAGCUGUUCCUGAGUUUAACUUUGGACUGUGGAGUAUGCUCUUGAAAUCACACAGCUAGCGAUUGGAAGGGCUAGGAUGGUAAUUCACAUAUGUCUGGUCCCAAAGCUCAAGGUCUUAACAUCUGACUCUGUAGAAUUUCUGUCCCUCUGUGGCUUAGACUAUUGUGGGAUUGUUGAGAUUGAGAGUGUAUAGGGUUUUACAAGCAGCCAUAAUAGAAACAUGGGGAAAUGGGGGCAACAACAAAAUAAGAACCAAGUCAAAACCAAAACAUCAGAGUUAGUCUUCCUUGGAAGGAGGGAACUUCCCUGGGUGAAAGAAGAGAGGGUAGAAAGAUUGCACACGUCCCACCUAAACCUUGUUGGGCUUUUCCUGUCCAUCCCCCCACCCCGGGUUUUGUAUUCAGAGAGACCUGGGUUUAAGUAGCUUGGCCUGUCACUAACGGAGUUUACUGUUCUGUGCCUCGGUUUCUUUACCUCAUCUAGUCUGGGGGAGGAUCACAUAAGCUCUUAAAUGUUAAUUUAGAAGCAUAGAAAUUAGAAAGCAGAAGCAUAAUUAGUUCACCAGGAUCCUGAGAAUCCCGAAGCUGCGUUGGGGAUUGUGUAUUUGGAAUGUCUUAUGGUCUGGAUACCCCUGUCUUGCUUUUCCAGCCCUAGAACAUUCUCCAGCAUUUUCUCCAGGACCUAGGGCAGCCUUACUUACAUUUGGAGUUACCAUUUAGUCUCAGUGAGGACGAUCAGGGCUCUAAGGGUGGUAAUUUUCCCAGCUGGCCAUGUUUGAGUUUGUUAUGUGGCUUGAUAGCCAAAGGUAGCUGGAGAAGAUCCUUCGUAGGUGGGUCCAUAGAAAAGUGCAGCCAGACAGCUGGAGGCCAACUUCAGCUUUGCCAUCUUUGAGAUUGGGAGGAAAAGGUGACAUUGCUUGUCCUUUCUGAAGGAAGCACCACAUUUUCUUUCCCUUCUACCCCAUUUACCCCUUAACGCUAACCUGCUCCCCUUUCCUCACUAAAUCUAAGUCUUGUGACACACAGGGCUCAGUCCUGGCAAAUGUGGUUCUUUUCGCAAACCUUUGAAGAGUUCCUGGCAAAUGCACUUGGUUGAACUGCUUGGUCACCUGGGAAGUAUUUAGGAGUCACACCUUGUGGUCUUUGAUCCCUGGUGUCCAGCUCACUUUCCCCCACUGCGUGUGACCUGUCCACUUGCUGGGGGCUUGGGUGUGACUGAGCUGCUGGCCCAGGGAAGCUCAGCCAGAGGGAGCCCUGAUUUACGAACUGUCUGGAUUUAACUGAGGCUACAGCACUUUUAUUAAUAGAACAUGCUGCAUUUCCUUUUUAUAAAAAUAUGAAGAUCAUUGCACUCAGGAAAAUGCCUGGUGACUUUCUGUCUUUAGGGCAUGUUCAUCACCGGGCUAAAAUUAAAAGUGAAGUCAGGCCCUUCUUGAGUCUAUUUUUAACUGAGUUUAGCAUAUGAAUGUGAACGUGAAGUCUUUCUUUAGAUCUCCCUUAACUCAAUUACUUACUUAUGCUAAGCAUCCCGCCUGGAAUUUGGGUCUACCUACAGUGGAAGGCCCAGAGGGGGAUAACUCUGCUAUCUUAGUUUGUGUGUCUUCACCCAUCCCAGCUUCACUUAUAUCUGGACGGUUAAGGAGGCGUUAGUCAUUAUACUGAAAUAAUCAUCAUCAUCAUAAUACGAGAAAAAAAGAAAACCAACCAACCCGCCAACCUAAUGGCCAUUCUGUGAUGUGUAGAUAUCAAGUAACCCCUAAUUGUGCCGCCAAGCUCCUGGACAAGAACCCGUUCUCGGUCAGUAACCCGAACCCCCUGCUUCCUUCGCCCGCCAGUCUCCAGCUGGCCCAGCUACAAGCCCAGCUCACCCUCCACCGGCUGAAGCUGGCACAGACAGCUGUCACCAACAAUACCGCAGCCGCCACGGUCCUGAACCAAGUCCUCUCCAAAGUGGCCAUGUCCCAGCCUCUCUUCAACCAGCUCAGGCAUCCGUCUGUGAUCAGCGCCCCCCAGAGCCAUACGGGGGUGCCUCAACAUGCUGCGGCCAUGCCCAGUGCCCGGUUUCCCUCGAAUGCCAUUGCCUUCUCACCCCCCGGCCAGACGCGAGGCCCGGUACCCUCUGUGAGCCAACCCCCCAAUGCCGUGGUGAUGCAUCCUUUCAGUGGAGUCCUGCCUCAGACCCCUGCCCAGCCAGCAGUCAUCCUGGGCAUUGGCAAGACUGGGCCUGCCCCUGCUGCGGCGGGAUUCUAUGAGUAUGGCAAAGCCAACUCCAGCCAGGCAUAUGGCUCUGAAACAGACAGUCAGCCCAGCUUCCUGCCAGCCACGGCCUCUACCACGGGCAAUGUGACCUACGAAGGGCACUACAGCCACUCAGGGCAAGAUGGCCAAGCUGCCUUUCCCAAGGACUUCUACGGACCCAACUCCCAAGGGUCGCAUGUGGCAGGUGGAUUUGCGGCCGAGCAGGCCGGGGGCAUGAAAGGCGAGGUAGGUCCGCUGCUGCAGGGUCCAAACAGCCAAUGGGAGACCCCCCACGGAUUCUCUGGCCAAAGCAAGCCCGAUCUUACAGCAGGCCCUAGCCUGUGGCCUCCACCCCCCAGCCAGCCCUAUGAGCUCUAUGACCCCGAGGAGCCCACCCCAGACAGGACCCCUCCUUCUUUUGGGGGUCGGCUAAACAACAGCAAACAGGGUUUCAGCGGUGCCCGGAGGCGGGCCAAGGAGGAGCAGGCGAUGCUGUCCGUGCGGCCCCUGCAGGCUCAUGAGCUGAAUGACUUUCACGGUGUGGCUCCCCUUCACCUCCCACACAUCUGUAGCAUCUGCGACAAGAAGGUGUUUGAUUUGAAGGACUGGGAGCUGCAUGUGAAAGGGAAACUACAUGCUCAGAAAUGCCUGGUCUUCUCUGAAAAUGCUGGCAUCCGGUGUAUACUCGGUUCAGCAGAGGGAACGCUGGGUGCCUCUCCCAACAGCACAGCCGUUUAUAAUCCUGCUGGGAACUCUGAAGAUUAUGCCUCAAACCUUGGAUCAUCGUAUGCGGCCAUUCCAGCAAGGUCAUUUGCUCAGUCAAAUCCUACGUUUCCUUCGGCUUCCCCGGGGACAAACUUUGCACAGCGGAAAACGGGUGCUGGCCGCGUGGUGCACAUCUGCAAUCUCCCUGAAGGAAGCUGCACGGAAAAUGAUGUCAUUAACCUGGGGCUGCCUUUUGGAAAGGUCACUAAUUACAUCCUCAUGAAAUCUACUAAUCAGGCCUUUUUAGAGAUGGCUUACACAGAAGCUGCCCAGGCCAUGGUCCAGUAUUACCAAGAAAAAUCUGCCAUGAUCAAUGGUGAGAAGUUGCUCAUUCGGAUGUCCAAGAGAUACAAGGAAUUGCAGCUGAAGAAACCCGGGAAAACGGUGGCUGCCAUCAUCCAGGACAUGCAUUCCCAGAGGGAGAGGGACAUGUUCCGGGAAGCAGACAGAUACGGCCCAGAAAGGCCACGGUCUCGCAGUCCGGUGAGCCGGUCACUGUCCCCGAGGUCCCACACGCCGAGCUUCACCUCCUGCAGCUCUUCCCACAGCCCUCUGGGCCCCACCCGCACCGACUGGGGCAACAGCCGGGACUUGUGGGAGCACUCGCCCUAUGCCAGAAGGGAGGAAGAGCGAGAUUCGAGCCCCUGGCGGGAGAAUGGAGAGGACAAGAGGGACAGGGCAGACGCGUGGCCACAUGAUCGCAAACACUACCCCUGGCAACUGGACAAAGCGGAGUUAGAUGAGCGGCUGGAAGGAGGGAGGGGCCACCGAGAAAAGCACCCAAGGCCCGGGUCCCCCAGCCCACUGCACUCCGCCUCGGGCUACAAGAGCCGAGAAGACAGCUACUACCGGAAGGAGCCCAAAGGCAAAUCGGACAAGUAUGUAAAGCAGCAGCAGGAAGCUCCCGGGAGGUCCAGGAGGAAAGAGGAGGCCAGGCUGCGGGAGAGCAGACACCCCCACCCCGAGGACUCAGGCAAGGAAGACGGGCUGGAGCCGAAGGUCACUAGGGCCCCUGAGAGCGUCAAGUCUAAGCAGAGUGAGAAAAACAGAACCAAGAGACCUGAUAGAGACCAAGAAGGAGCUGAUGAUAGAAAAGAAAGCAGAAUGGCGGGGAAUGAGGUAACGAUGCAAUCUCUUCCCCAGGCUGGAAAAGAGGAGCAGGAGGGCAUGGAAGAAAGCACCGCAUCAGUGGGCAGGCAGGAGAAAGAAACAGAAUCCUCUGAUGCAGAGGACACAAGGACAAAGGAGCAAGACUGGGAGAGUGGAAGUGAGGCAGAAGGGGAGAGCUGGUAUCCCACUAACAUGGAGGAGCUGGUUACAGUGGACGAGGUUGGGGAGGAGGAAGAUUUUAUUAUGGAACCAGACAUCCCAGAACUGGAAGAAAUUGUGCCCAUUGACCAGAAGGACAAAAUCUGCCCAGAAACAUGUCCCUGUGUGACAUCCACCUUAGACCUGGACGUAACCAAGGAUUUCACCAACGAGUGUGUGAAGCCCGUAGGUAACGGGGCUACAGAACUCAGCCUCAAGUCACCCAAAGAUCUGCCUUCUGCUUCCACGAGCUGUCCCAGUGACAUGGACGUGGAAAUGCCUGGCCUAAAUCUGGACGCUGAGCGGAAGCCAGCUGAACGUAAGACAGACCUCUCACUGGAGGGUUCAGAUUGCUACGAGAAGCAGGCAAAGGGAGGGGAGAGCUCCGAUGUUCAUCCGGCCCCUCCACUCCAGCAAAUGUCUUCCCCCAAGCCAGCAGAGGAGGGGGCCCGGCAGCCUAGCCCACCUCUCGAUGACUGCAAGGCCGGGGGGCCCCCCGAAGAUGGGGCAUGUGAAGGCGGUCCCCUGGAGGGGAAAGCCAGCCCCCGCACCGAAACUGACCUCCAAAGCCAGGCUUGCCAAGGAGUGUCCACCCAGGAAAACUCCAGGUACAUGGAAGUAAAAUCUUUGGAUGUGAGGUCACCGGAAUACACGGAAGUGGAGCUGAAACAGCCCCUCUCUUUGCCUUCCUGGGAGCCUGAGGAUGUGUUCAGUGAACUUAGCAUUCCCCUAGGGGUGGAGUUCGUGGUGCCCAGGACUGGGUUUUACUGCAAGCUGUGUGGGCUGUUCUACACCAGCGAGGAGAUGGCGAAGAUAAGCCACUGUCGCAGUGCUGUUCACUACAGGAACUUACAGAAGUACUUGUCCCAGCUGGCCGAGGAGGGCCUCAAGGAGACCGAGGGGGCAGGCAGCCCAAGGCCCGAGGACAGCGGAAUCGUGCCACACUUUGAGAGGAAGAAGCUCUAGGCCCCUGCAGCGGCUUCAGCCGGGAGAGGACGGCCUUCUGAGGCGGGGCCUUCCUGACAUCCUGGACAGGAGCUAAAGCCUGGGAGGAAGGCAAACCAGGCCGCCUGAGCUUUUUCUCGGAGACUCAUGAAAUCGCCCCUCAAGUGUCUCCCUGGUGAGAGCUGUCACCUCGUGUGUCCAGCGGCCGAGCGCUACCCUCUCUCUCCCCAUUGAUUCUUGUUUUCCUUCAAUUUGCUUCUCUUCUUUCCCCUCCUCCUCUCACUUUCUGUGCCAAGGGUCAUUUAUUUUUCAUAAAACCCAACUUCUCAGGGAUUUUCACAGUGUCCAAAUUCUUGGUGGCCAGCCGGAUCAACCAAGGAAGAGAUCUCACAGAAACCCCUGGGUCAAGAACCACUUCAGGGAGCCUGGAGCAUCUUCCCUGCCUGGCGUUCUGAGCAGGGGAGCCGAGUCGGGCCCUGCAGUCCUGGAGAGGGGGGCACCCUAGACCAUCCGUUGGCAGAAGCUGGGAGUUUCUCCAGCGGGACCACUUUUGCAAAAAGCCCCCAUUUUUAAUAACUCUUUCAUCCUCUCAACUAUUCUAGAAGCCCAUCAGAUUCAUGCCUUAAAAUAAAGUUAAUGAAUUUCACAGAGGAGGAAAACCACUUUUCAUUUUGGAACCUCUGUUAAGUCCCCCCCACCGUCCACCGCCCCACAAAGUUAGUUCUGUCCUCAGGAUUUCAGGAGGUACCAGGGUUGGUUCUGUUCCAGACAAUGAAUUUGGUGUAGAUUCACUUCAAUAAAAAAUUAAAACAGUA